AUGAUUGAAGACGACCUCCCAAUUGAAGAUGCUUUAAGGGAUGAUGUGCUAUAUGCUCUUGAUGCCAAGGAAACCCUUUGGUUUUGCGACAUCUUCAAUUACCUUGCAUGUAGUGAUAUACCACCAACUUUCACUUCUCAACAACAACGAAGGCUUAAGUAUGAAGCCAAGAAAUACAUAUGGGAUGAUCCAACGUUGUUGAAAAGAGGGGUGGAUGGGAUUUUGAGGAGGUGUGUUCCCGAUGAAGAAUUCCAAAGUGUGCUCUCAAUGUGCCACUCAUCCCCUUGUGGUGGAUACAUGAGUGCCCAAAAGACCGCCCCUAAAGUCUUACAAUCGAUGCUCUUUUGGCCGACUUUGUUCAAGGACGCUUGGUCCUUUGUGAAGACAUGUGAUAGGUGCCAAAGGACGGGAAACAUCUCAAGGCGUGACGAGAUGCCUCACAAUCCGAUCCUUGAGCUCGAAAUCUUUGAUGUUUGGGCAAUUGACUUCAUGGGCCCUUUCAUCUCAUCUCAAGGGAACCGACACAUUCUUGUUGCCGUUGACUAUGUUUCCAAAUGGGCGGAAGUCAUGGCAUCUCCCACCAAUGACUCAAAGGUGUUUGUCAAUUUGUUCAAGAAAGUCAUCUUCCCAAGAUUCGGUGUUCCUAAGGCAAUCAUAAGUGAUGGAGGUUCACACUUCAAGCACCAUACAUUCAACAAGCUUCUUUCAAAGUAUGGUGUAUCGCACAAGUAA